CCCCCUCCCUCCUCCACAUUCUCCCCUCCCUCCCCCGCACCACCUACAUCCAAACCAUAACCACCACUCUCAUCCCCACCAUCCGCACCCUCCACCAGCACUCCAAAAUCCACACCAUCAUCUCCCUUGGCGGAAGCUGCGGCACCGCCAUCGCCACAACACUCAUGCGGGAGGCCCUCCCCAUCGGAUUUCCCAAGGUGAUGGUCUCCACUAUGGCGUCGGGGGAUGUACAGCCGUAUGUUCAGGAGACGGAUAUCACCAUGAUGUAUAGUGUUGUGGAUGUGGCGGGGAUGAAUGGGAUUUUGGAGAGGGUGUUGAGGAAUGCGGCGGCGGCGGGGGAGGGGAUGGCGAGGGCUUACUUUCAGGGUUGUGUCGAGGGGGGAGAAGAGGGGGAUGGGGAUGCCGAUGGGGGAGAGGGAGGUGGAGGAGGGAAGAAAAGGAUCGGGAUUACGAUGUUUGGAGUGACCACGCCGGGCGUUACGAGGAUUCGGGAGUUUCUUGAGGAUCAUUACCGAGGACAGUCCAACGAAGAAUCAGCAGCAGCAGCAGCAGCAUCAGGAGGGGAUGGAUGUGAAGUCUACGUCUUCCACGCGACCGGAGCAGGCGGAAAAGCCAUGGAGCGAUUAAUCCGGGAAACCCAUCUGGAUGCGGUGGUGGAUUUGACCACGUCUGAGAUCGUGGAUGAGAUCGUGGGCGGGGUGUUAAGCGCUGGGUCGACACGACUCUCCGCGGCUGCAGAGAAAGGUAUCCCGCAGGUCGUCAGUCUGGGAGCGUGCGAUAUGAUCAAUUUUGGGACCCCCGAGACGGUCCCGGAGCGGUUUGCGGGGAGGCGUAUCUAUGAGCAUAAUCCGACGGUUACUAUUGUGCGGACGGAUGAGGAGGAGAGUCGCAGGGUGGGCAGGUUUAUUGCGGACAAGUUGAAGCAGGCGAUACGGCCAGACAAGGUGGUGGUGUUGAUACCGGAAGGGGGCCUGAGUAUGAUGGACGUGCCGGGGCAGCAGUUUCAUGAUCCCCAGGCGAAUGAGGCCCUCUUUGACACCCUGGAGAAAGAGUUGCAGAAUACUGGAAUUACGGUCACUCGACACCCCCGCGAUGUCAAUCAUCCCGAGUUUGCACAGGCCGUAGGAACCACCUUGAUUAAACUAUUGGAUGGUUCAUAG